GCAGAGGGCGCUGCUCCUCGGCCGCUCUUCCUGUUGUUUGUGUUGAAAGGCCCCGAGUUUGACCUGACACCGACCUGCUCCAGAACCCGAACCAGACCAGACCGGACCCGGGAGGCGCCAUGCUGCAGAACACAGGUAAACUGGCGGGUUGUACUCUGUUCAUCACGGGGGCGAGUCGAGGCAUCGGUAAAGCCAUCGCCCUGAAGGCGGCGAGAGACGGCGCCAACGUCGUCAUCGCCGCCAAAACCGCUGACCCCCACCCCAAACUGCCCGGAACCAUCUACACCGCAGCUCAAGAGGUGGAGGCGGCGGGGGGGAAGGCCCUCCCCUGUGUCGUCGACAUCAGAGACGAGCAACAGAUCGGAGACGCCGUCAAGAAGGCUGUGGACACGUUUGGAGGGAUUGACAUCCUGGUGAAUAACGCCAGCGCCAUCAGUUUAACGGGGACUUUGGACACGCCCACUAAGAAGGUCGACCUGAUGCUCGGGAUCAAUCUGCGCGGGACCUACCUCACGUCCAAGCUGGUUCUUCCUCACCUGUUGAAGUCUCGUGGUUCUCCUCACAUCCUGAACCUGUCUCCUCCUCUGAACCUCAACCCAGUGUGGUUUAAGAACCACACAGCGUACACCAUGGCCAAGUACGGCAUGUCCAUGUGCGUCCUGGGGAUGGCCGAAGAGUUCAGAGGUCAGAUCGCUGUCAAUGCACUGUGGCCCCGAACAGCGAUCCAGACAGCGGCUAUGGACAUGCUUGGCGGGGAGGGCGUGGCCAAGCAGUGCCGUACGGCGGACAUCAUGGCUGACGCCGCGUACGCCGUCCUCACCAAACCCAAAGAAUACACCGGAAACUUCCUCAUCGAUGAAGACGUCCUGAGGAGCGAGGGCGUGCGCAACUUUGACCACUACGCAGUGCAGCCGGGGCAUCCUCUUCUCCCAGACUUCUUCUUGGAUGAAACUCCAGAGUCACUGGUGCAGAAAAUGGAGGAACAUGGGGCCACACCCGCCUUCAAACCGCCCUCUCAAGCCCCGCCCACCUCCUCUGGACCAAUCGAAAGCACCUUCGAUGUCAUCAGAGCGUCCAUCAACGAAGACGUGGUCAAGUCCACACAAGGACUGUACCGCUUCGACCUCACAGGGCAGCACGGUGGCGUCUGGUUCUUGGACCUGAAGUCUGGGUCGGGGAGCGCCGGUGCGGGAGAGCCGGCGAGUAAAGCGGAUGUCGUCAUGACGAUGGACUCUGCCGACUUCACCAAAAUGUUCUCAGGGCGGCUGAAGCCCACUCUGGCGUUCAUGUCGGGGAAGCUGAAGAUCAAAGGAGACAUGACGUUGGCCAUAAAACUGGAGAAGCUCAUGACCAGGAUGAACCAGGCCAAGCUGUGACGCCCCCAAACCAGAGGGCGAGAGGUUCAGACCCCACGCCCCCAAACCAGAGGGCGAGAGGUUCAGACCCCACGCCCCCAAACCACAGGGCGUCAGGUUCUGCACCACUUUGCUCCAGUUUCUAAUGUCCUAAAUGUUUUUACUGGAACGCACACAUAACCCCGCCCACUAACAGCAGACCACGCCCCUCAGGUGUGGACGGGUGACCAGGCCCCGCCCCUCUGCCUUUGACCCUUCGAGGCCUUAACUCUGAUCUGUCAAACUGUUUUUACUGAAAUGAGAAUAAAUCACUGUUUGUACUGGA